UGUCUAUCGUGUUCUCAGAUCGUGCCACUGUUGUAUUUUGUGUGAAAGGCAAUAAUAUUUAAGGCGUACAAUAGUUACAUGAUCAUGAAUUUGUGCUAAUGCUUAUUGAAAUUAUAAUUUAAAAUGGGUAGCAGAAAAGAGAGUUUGAAGAAAUCGCUGGGGAUAUCGGAGUACCCAUGGAGCUCAGAUGAAGAGGACAGCAGUGCCUUACAGCCGGUGCAGGUAGUGAGGAGGCAAUCAGAUGAGCCCCGGCCCAGUGUUGCUGAUAUGCCAGGAACAAGCGCUGCUAGUGAUGAUACGUGGUGGAGAGAGCAGAGUGCAAGCCAGCCUGAGCAUGCGACCGGUUCACAACAAGCGCCUUCUUCGCCUGCAACCGUAAGGAAGCAGCAGGCUAAGAUGGACAGAGCUCUGUUCUGGUCAAUCAUCAAUAACACUCCAAGACCUUCCAAUACUCCAGUCACACGGCCCAGGCUGUGCGAAGUGCCUCUAACGAUGCUAUCCCCGCCGUCGGGGCCGCCGCGGUCGGAAGCCCGGGAGUCGCGCCGCAGCGACCGGCCGAGCACGUCUGCGACAGACAUACGCCGCAUCCUCGCAUUCAAGAAGCUCACGAGAAGCUUGCACAACCUCACGUACAAGGGUCCUUCUAACACGCAUCCUGCUACGAGGCGUUUGGCCGUGAGCGUGGGAUCGUCCCGCAGUCCGUUAUUCACGCCGUCACUGUCGACGGACGCGGCUUCCAGCCCCAGGUCCCGGGCGACCUCUAGCAGAUCGCAGCUCCCACGCAGCUCAAUAAGAUACCCCCAUAGAAAUUACGCAUACCACAUGGGCAUACUCCCGGAGGAGGCUGUAUCAGGUCGCUGCCGGGCGCCGCGGCCCGGCGUCCGGUCCGACAUCGACACCAGCCCGCCGGCAUCUGAGCCCCAUCACUACGUCAAUGUCGACCAGUCUGAUGAUGGUGAGUCCUUAUUGUAUGAAGCGACAGCUCGUUACCCAGCCUUCCUCCUGGACAUACUCCCGGAGGAGGCAACUGUAUAGCCGUCUACACACUCGCGCGCGAACCGCGCGCGAAGGCGCGAAACACCCGCGUAACAUGAGUGUAGAUCCGAUUCGCAUAUUCUUCGCGGCUUCGCGGCUCGUUCGCGCUGUGUUCCCCGAAAAUUGUCGGUUUUUUGUCCCGCGACAAAGCGCUCGCAGGCGCGAAGCGCGACGUGAACGCGACAAGACUAUACAUUCGCGCCUCGGGCAGCUCAGUCGCUCAGUAGCAAUUGACACGGAUGGUUGUGUUUUAGUUUUUUUUUAGGUAUAUGCUACGAUUUUGCUUGCAAAAUGAGUAACGUGUGGAGCAAUGAAUUAGAACUAACAUUUAUAGAAUGUUUUCGUGCUGAGCCGGUAUUAUGGGACAUUAAUUUGAAAGAUUAUAAAAAUAAACUGAAAACCCAUGAUGCUUGGAUGCGGAUAAGUACGGUGAUGGAAAUACCAAUUGAUGAAUUGAAAAAGAAAAAAGGUUCUCUCAUGUCAAGCUAUAGGAGCUACAAGGGAAAAGUUAAGAAGUCCGUUCAAUCGGGAGCUGGUGCCGAUGAGAUAUAUCAGCCCAUUUGGUUCGCUUAUGAAGCAAUGGAUGCUUUUUUGGGAGAUACUCUAAAGUGUAAAAAAAGUAUGAAUACGGAACGUGGAAUAAAGGAGCCUAAAGAAGUAAAUCUCGAAGCUAUUAAAGAGAAUGUUGAAGAAAUGAAUGAAAAUCGAAGUCAGUCUAUUAACACCCAAAAAGACAGUGACCAGACAAUCCACCGACGCAAAAUCUCUUCAGAAGUGGUUGACGCAGGAAAUGUCGUUAAAGACGCUCUUAUCACCUUCAAAUCCACGCUAAAAAGGAACCCAUUACAGCCUAUUCAGCAAGACGAUGAUUGCGAUUUAUACGGAAAACUAUUAGCAAAUAAGUUGCGAAAAUUAUCUGAAAAGAAUAGAUUGAAGUUGAUGCACGACAUUGAUGGGAUGUAUUUACAAUACCAAUUUGAUGACCCUUUAGUGAUGACUCCAUCGCCACCUCAUUUUUAUGAACCAAGAACAGGCACAUCAUCAUCUACGCAUUCAGAGCCUCCAUUUCAUUACGGGCAGGCGAAUCAAAAUACUUAUUACCAAAAUAGACAAGUAAUAUCAGCCCCACCUUCUAAUAUCAUUAUUCAAUCGAACCGGCUAAUUCGUACACCAGAUUAUCCUGUCCUUCAUUUACCAGAGAACCAAGAUGCAAACACAUCUGAUCAUAAUAAUGAUAUAGUUCAGACAGCUUUUGACUUAAGUUAAAUACCUACUGAAAUUACCGAAUUUUGUUUUUAUUGUCUAUUGAAUUUUGUUAUUAUAUUUGGUUGAUUUUGCAAAGUUAUAUUCUAGAUUCUAAGUAGUUCUGUAUAUGCAUAAUAAAAGUAUUAAAUUGA